GUCUAAUUAAACGGGUUUGAAGUUUGCCCUAUGGGCCAUAUUGCUCAAUAUUUGUAUAAAGUGCUUCUAAAUAAUUGUAGAUUGUCGUAUGCCGACCAAUGCUGACAUCUUGAGUAAAUCGUCGUCGCAUUCUGUGUUCUUUUCUGCGUUUGAGUGUGUAUGAUCAUUGUGCGUGUCGCCUACAUUGCGAGAUCACUUUAAAAAUAAAAGAUUUGUUUUGCUGCUAUUUUUAAAGGCUUGCCAAGUUUUCGUACCGUACCGUUCCAUUCCGUUCUGUACCGUUCCGCUCCGAUCCGAUCCGUUUCGUUUCGUUCUGUUCCGUUUCGCUGUCGUUGUUGUCGUUGUCGAGGUGCUGUGUUGGUGGCGUCAUUGGCCACUUGGCCAUGUUCAAAGUUGUCUGGGGCUCAUAUGCACUUGAAGUAUAGCGAGUAUUGUCAGUGUCAGCAUCAAAGCGAGCAAAAACAUCAGCUACAGCGUCAAUAUCAACAUAAAUACCUAGCCCCAACGUCAACCCGAGCUGAGCCAAUCCGAUAAUCAUAUUCAUAGAUUAGUACAUUGCACAUAUAAUUAACAAGUAUAUAUAGAAGUCUGGCGAAAUGUAAUCAACUGAAAUGGCAAGCGGUUUGAUCGGCGCAAAUAUUACCGACAUGCCAAAUGGGAUGUCGGGGUGUGAUCAAAGCACUGUCGAAUCAUUGGCCGAUGAUCCAACAGAUUCACCAUUCGAUGCCGAUGAUUGUCUCAAAGUUCGUAAAUAUUGGUGCUUUCUGCUAUCCAGCAUAUUCACAUUCCUUGCUGGGCUGCUCAUUGUGCUGCUAUGGCGGGCAUUUGCCUUCGUCUGCUGCCGCAAGGAGCCGGACCUGGGACCCAACGAUCCCAAACAAAAAGAGCAGAAGGCGUCACGCAACAAACAGGAGUUCGAGGGAACCUUUAUGACAGAAGCAAAAGACUGGGCUGGGGAGCUUAUCUCGGGUCAAACAACAACUGGACGAAUUUUGGUCGUACUCGUAUUUAUACUCAGCAUUGCCUCUCUCAUUAUAUACUUCGUUGAUGCAUCUAGCGAAGAAGUCGAAAGAUGCCAAAAAUGGAGUAAUAACAUUACUCAACAGAUCGAUCUCGCAUUCAAUAUCUUUUUUAUGGUUUACUUUUUUAUACGAUUCAUAGCGGCGUCCGAUAAGCUUUGGUUUAUGUUAGAAAUGUACAGUUUUGUAGAUUAUUUUACAAUACCCCCGUCCUUCGUAUCAAUAUAUUUAGAUCGAACUUGGAUCGGUCUUCGAUUUCUUCGAGCGCUACGUCUCAUGACUGUUCCAGAUAUUUUACAAUAUUUAAACGUACUAAAAACAUCGAGCUCAAUUCGCUUGGCUCAACUAGUAUCCAUUUUUAUAUCCGUGUGGUUAACAGCAGCGGGCAUUAUACAUCUGCUGGAAAACUCUGGCGAUCCGCUGGAUUUUAAUAAUGCUCAUCGUUUAUCCUAUUGGACCUGUGUCUAUUUCCUAAUUGUGACCAUGUCAACGGUAGGAUAUGGUGACGUCUACUGUGAGACUGUCUUGGGAAGAACAUUUCUGGUGUUCUUUCUGCUCGUCGGCUUGGCAAUGUUUGCCAGCAGUAUACCGGAAAUAAUUGAACUCGUCGGUAGUGGCAAUAAAUAUGGCGGUGAACUCAAAAGAGAACACGGAAAGAGACAUAUUGUGGUAUGCGGUCAUAUAACUUACGAAUCCGUGUCGCAUUUUCUAAAGGACUUUUUGCACGAAGACCGUGAAGAUGUCGAUGUCGAAGUAGUCUUUUUACAUCGUAAACCGCCCGAUUUGGAACUUGAGGGUUUAUUCAAACGUCAUUUUACCACUGUGGAAUUCUUCCAAGGAACCAUUAUGAAUCCCAUUGAUCUGCAAAGGGUUAAGGUACAUGAAGCCGAUGCCUGCCUGGUGCUAGCUAACAAAUAUUGCCAAGAUCCCGAUGCAGAAGAUGCUGCGAACAUAAUGAGAGUUAUCUCAAUUAAGAACUACAGCGAUGAUAUACGUGUCAUCAUACAGCUGAUGCAGUACCACAAUAAGGCGUACUUGCUUAACAUACCGUCGUGGGACUGGAAACAGGGUGAUGAUGUCAUUUGCCUAGCCGAACUGAAGUUAGGUUUUAUCGCGCAGAGCUGUCUGGCACCCGGGUUUUCAACGAUGAUGGCCAACUUGUUUGCUAUGCGGUCUUUCAAGACGUCACCAGACACACAGGCCUGGCAAAAUGAUUAUCUUCAAGGUACAGGGUGUGAGAUGUAUACCGAAACUCUAUCACCUUCAUUUACCGGCAUGACAUUCCCACAAGCCAGCGAACUGUGUUUUUCCAAGCUGAAGCUUCUAUUACUUGCCAUUGAAAUUAAAGGCGCUGAAGAGGGUGCAGAUAGCAAAAUUUCCAUAAAUCCCCGAGGCGCGAAGAUACAGGCGAACACGCAGGGUUUCUUUAUAGCACAAAGCGCUGAUGAGGUCAAGCGUGCGUGGUUCUAUUGCAAGGCGUGCCAUGAGGACAUUAAAGAUGAGACACUUAUUAAAAAGUGCAAAUGUAAAAACUUGGCCACCUUCCGGAAAGGCGUCCGAGCCGUACAAAUGGUUGGGCGUGCAAAAGACGAUGAAUACUCGUUGUCAAAUGAACACCAUCCUGCACCCACAUUUACGCCACCAGAUCUACCCAAGCGGGUGCAUGUGCGUGGAUCUGUAUCGGGUGACAUUACACGUGACAGAGAAGACACAAAUCUACUUAAUCGUAAUGUGCGUCGUCCGAAUGGCACAGGUAACGGAGCAGGUGGCAUGCAUCACAUGAAUAAUACGGCUAGUGCUGCGGCAGUCGCCGCAGCAGCGGUCAAGCAAGUGAACAAGGUAAAGCCUACGGUGAAUGUGAACCGACAGGUGGAGGGACAAGUUAUAUCGCCAUCACAGUACAACAGGCCACCAGAAAAUGAUGCUAACCCUUAUGCGGGCUAUCAACUUGCUUACGAAGUUAAAAAGCUCAUGCCAACGAGUCGCAGCUCGGGCACAGGAACACAAAAUCAAAACGGCGGAGUGUCGUUGCCAGCCGGUAUCGCGGACGAUCAGUCAAAGGACUUUGAUUUCGAGAAGACGGAAAUGAAGUACGAUUCGACAGGCAUGUUUCACUGGAGUCCGGCUAAGAGUUUAGAAGACUGCAUAUUGGAUCGCAAUCAGGCGGCCAUGACGGUACUGAAUGGCCAUGUGGUGGUUUGUCUGUUUGCUGAUCCGGAUUCACCUUUAAUUGGACUGCGGAAUCUGGUGAUGCCACUGCGAGCAUCCAAUUUCCAUUACCACGAACUCAAGCAUGUGGUAAUUGUUGGCUCAGUCGACUAUAUCCGGAGAGAGUGGAAGAUGUUACAGAAUCUGCCUAAGAUAUCGGUACUUAAUGGCUCGCCGCUGAGUCGAGCAGAUCUACGCGCGGUGAAUGUCAAUUUGUGUGAUAUGUGUUGCAUAUUAUCUGCUAAAGUUCCUAGUAAUGAUGAUCCCACAUUGGCCGACAAGGAGGCCAUUCUGGCCUCGCUUAACAUCAAGGCGAUGACCUUUGAUGAUACGAUUGGUGUGCUCAGUCAACGGGGUCCGGAAUUCGAUAAUCUGAGCGCAACCGCCGGCAGCCCCAUUGUUCUACAGCGCCGUGGCUCUGUGUAUGGUGCAAAUGUGCCGAUGAUAACAGAACUGGUCAAUGAUAGUAACGUGCAGUUUCUCGAUCAAGACGACGAUGAUGAUCCAGAUACAGAGCUCUAUCUAACGCAGCCAUUUGCCUGCGGAACUGCAUUCGCUGUGAGCGUGUUAGACUCGCUAAUGUCAACGACAUACUUCAAUCAAAAUGCCUUAACGCUGAUCCGCUCGUUAAUAACUGGCGGGGCGACGCCUGAACUAGAACUAAUCUUGGCCGAGGGAGCGGGCUUAAGGGGAGGAUACAGUACCGUCGACAGUCUGAGCAAUCGUGACAGGUGCCGUGUUGGUCAAAUAUCCCUAUACGAUGGGCCACUUGCCCAGUUUGGCGAAUGUGGCAAGUAUGGGGAUUUAUUCGUUGCCGCUCUCAAGUCGUAUGGAAUGUUGUGUAUCGGACUAUAUCGAUUCAGGGACACCAGUUCUAGCUGUGAUGCGAGCAGCAAACGAUAUGUAAUUACCAACCCACCCGAUGACUUUUCUUUACUGCCAACAGAUCAGGUAUUCGUAUUAAUGCAAUUUGAUCCGGGUCUGGAGUACAAACCGCCAGCGGUUCGUGUACCAGCUGGCGGACGCGGCACAAACACACAAGGCUCUGGGGUCGGUGGAGGCGGCUCUAACAAGGAUGAUAACUCUUGAUUGUUACUGUGUAGCGCCUUAACUGAUGGUCCUUAUUCGUAUAUUUGAACGAUGGAGAAGUUAAUUGUGGACAGAAUAUUGCAGUUGUGGCACAGACAUUGGCAUCACAUUUCUUUCGGACUGCGACGCAAUUGGCACAUUCAGUUAUAGUUAUACUUGUAGGCCAUAUGAAAAAUGCAUACUUAAUUGUACCACGAGAAGACGUGAACAAAUCAAAACUGUUUAAUUCAAUUAGAUUUUCGAUGCAUGUGCUGCAAAUGUAAUAUUCUGUAUUUUUAAGUUUGUGGAAUCUUAGAUAAUCUCUCAAUCAACAACCGACCACUAGGGAGAACUACAAAAGACCAUUCUGUUUCAGAUGAUUCCACAAAUUUAAACGCCACAAGUCUAAGUAAAAAAGACCAACUUCUUUAACAUCCACCGUUCAAGUAUCAGCUGAUUGCUUCCCACACCAUUCCGUAUGCCUUUUAGAACCUUGAAAUUCAAUUUACACGUUUAAUUUUGAAUGUUUUGUAUUUUAUGAUUACAUAAUCUAUUAUCUAUUAUCUAUUUUCUGUAUCCAUUAUAUUUUCCUUUUGUUAUCAUAUUUUAGUACUGCAAAAUAAAUAUACACUAAUUCGAUUAUCAA